AUGCUACAACAACUUCUGGUAAGAUACUGCAUUUAUUGUUGGCCCACUUUUACAAAUCAGAGUCACUUUGAAAUGUUAGUUUUCUUGUGUAACACAACACAAUGGGGCCUAAAUGUAUUUGUGUGACAGAAAUGUAACAAAAACAAUAUUUACUAAUAUAAUGUCUAUAUUGUCUUGUCUUUCCUGUGUAAAAAACAUAAAAAUCUACUUAAAGAAGACACUCAUAGGGAGUGUUUCAAGACUGGUAAGAUCAGCGACAGAUGAGCUGGGGGACUUGUUGACUGGGAUCAUUGAUAGCCAGCAACCACUGGAAGGUAUCCCUGAUGAUGACCUUUUGGACUGUUCAGAUGGUGGACUGUUCCAAUCCUCAUUUGGUAGGACACAUUCAUUCAACAUGUGCCAGACUGCAGGGAAUAUGGAAUGUUGUCAGUCAUCUUUUGCACUCCCAUAAUAAAACCUAUGUAAUGAACUCAACUCUUGAAGAAAUGAUGUUCUCUAAUGCAACAAUGUAAUCAUUUUCUAGAGGCAGAUGAUCAUCAUGGCUUGUAAGGGAUAACACAGUAUGAAGGUCAGCCAGCUACAUCUACAGCAGCUAGAAGGGAAGAUUGUGUCACUAACCAGGGCUGGAGGACAAAGACAAAGAGGCUGAGCAUGCAUGAGAAACUGCCAUGGUAUUUCAUGAGUGCAAACUAA